CAACACGGAUGCCAUCUCAUCUGUUGUUCUCGCUCCGUGUCUCUCUGUCGCUGUGUCAGAAUCAUCUAUAACCCUGUAUCACCAUGGCGUGGUUCUUAUAAACCAGUCAUCAGAAUGGUGCACACCUCGUCUCGCCAGUCUCGCCAUUACUGACGUCGUCUCCCCCCACCUUCAACCUCAACCUCACCUGCGAUCGUACCUUCCCUUUCUUCUACACCUGCCAUCUACAGGCAGGCAGUAGGUCGCCAUGGCGCCUGCCUCUCCCUCCACCGUCCCUCGUAUCUCAUCCCUCGACUUCGACAUCAGCCGCAGGAGUUCUAGGAGAUCACACGACUCUCAUAGAAGGAUUGACGAUGACGACUUCGACUUCAUGGGCCAGGUUGCUCAAGAGAUCAUCGAGCGGGAUCGUCUUCGAAUGCGUCGAGAGUUCAUCCGUGUCAUGAGCUUCGCCUGCGCUGUCCUCAGUUGUCUAUGCGCCGGCUCCAUUACCUCCUUCUCCCUCUACGGCUCCCGCUUCCUUGAGGAUCUCGGCUACACCCAACUGCGAGUCAAUGCCGUCUCCAUCACUGCCGAGUUGGCCAUGUACCUUCCCGUUCCAAUCUUUGGAUACCUGUGCGACCGAUACUCUCCUCCUCCGUUGUCUCUCCUGGCCUGCUUCCUCUUUGGCUUCGGCUAUAUCCUCGCUGCCUAUACCUACAAGUCUGGCCCCCCUCCAGAUGCUGCCCAGGACGGACAGGGCUGGCCCUUUCCCGUCAUGAUUCUGGCGUUUGUUGGUAUUGGAGCAGGCACCAGCUGCAUGUAUCUGUCCGCUGUCGCCACGUGUGCAAAGAACUUUGCCGCUGCAAAAUAUCGCGGUUUCAUGCUCGCUGUUCCCAUAGCUGCCUUUGGCUUGAGUGGUAUGUGGGAGUCGCAGGUCGGUGCACAUCUUUUAUCCGAGCGACUCCCCAAUGGCGGUCGAGGUGAUCUCGACGUCUUCCGAUACUUCAUCUUCCUCGCCGGCACAUUGAUUGGUGUCGGCUUGCUAGGCGUCAUUGGCCUCCGCAUUGUCGACGAAGAAGAACUUAUUGAUCAUGGGGUUGAAGCACUCGAGCAGAGUGGUUUGCUCCAGGAAAGCGAGUUUUACCACGACUCAGAAUCGGGCUCACCUGUUAACUACGGCACAUUGCAACACGAUGUCAAUUCGGGCGCCACCACACCCUCAGAUACGAGCUCUGGCCCGCCCCUCGACCUGUCCGAGUCCCAGAUGCUCAAGAAACGCGAGAUGGACCACCGACUCCGGAAGAAGAAAUGGUGGCUCCUCAACCAUGCCACCCACACUUUCCUGACCGAUCGCACCAUGUGGCUGUUGGCUGCGGGGUUCUUCCUGCUAACGGGUCCUGGUGAAGCAUACAUCAACAACCUCGGGACCAUCAUCCCAACCCUGACUCCCAAACACUACUUUGACCUGACAGCACCCCCGGCUGGACAUGCCUCGACCCAUGUGUCCAUCAUUGCCCUGGCCUCGACCUUUGCCCGCCUCUUCACCGGCACCUUGUCAGACCUCUUCGCGCCGCCUUCCAACCCCGAAACUCCUCCCUCCGCCGGGUUCAGCUUCUCACGCCUGGUUCUCUUACUGCCAUCGGCAUUCCUGCUGCUCUUUGCCUUCCUCAACUUGGCUAUCCCCUCCCUCACUGCAGCCACACCCUCACUCUUCCUCCUGUCCUCGGGCCUCCUUGGGUUAGGGUACGGCGCCUCUUUCUCACUCGUACCCAUCAUUAUCAGCGUUGUGUGGGGCGUCGAGAAUUUUGCCACCAAUUGGGGCGUUGUCGCCAUGAUGCCUGCUGGCGGUGCCGCCGUCUGGAGCAUCGUCUACUCGCUUACUUACUCUCACGCUAGCCAUGGUGGCGGCGAUAUCGGCAUCCCUGAGGGCCGCGACGAGUGUAUCGGUUACUCUUGUUUCGGUGUCUGGGCGUGGGGUUGCGCUGUCAGUGUUGCCGUCGCUAUUGUCCUAUGGUCUAUCGCCUGGAAGACAUGGAGAAGUCGAAAUGUUUCAGUCUAAGGCAUUACGGCAUUCAGGAUUCGCCUCCAUGAUGAUUAGAGAUUAGGACCGCUGCUCGAUACUCUUUCCCUCACGUCCCUUGGGACGACUGAUUGACAUCGUCUCUCAAUCACACAAACCCACUUUCUCGCCGUCUCCUCCUGCCACACCUCUACAUUUACAUCCAUUGAUAUAUAUACGAACAAUUAACCAUAGCGCGGGGUGUUAUCUUUUGUUGUAUUGGCAUUGAGGCCCGCACCCACGAGGCUGAUUGAUCAUGGACUUUGAUCGAUGCAUUCCAAGAGACCAUCCCAUGCUCAACCAGGGACAAUAGCUUGUGCCUGAGAGUUUUGUGCGGUACACAUUCUUCAGUGUUGCUCGCCAUUGGGCUGGAUUUUUUGGAGGGGCUUAUGUGACGUGGAAUUAUCAUAGCGACUAUUCAAUGCAGCUAGAUAUCAUUGUCAUCUGUCUGACUACCUAUUUCGGAUCUCGUAAAGAUAUAUCGCAGGGUCCAGUCUCAAACUACAAUAUCAUAAACCACAUCAAGUCUACUAUGCUAUAGUAUAUAGCAUUCGAAUUCAAUGGUUGGAUUUUCGCACUGA